CCCAUUUCAUGUCUCCUCAGUAGACCCAAGAUGUGAUCUUCAUCUUUCUCCACUGCACUGCCUCUAGUUUUAUUUCACCUCCUCCCCCUUUUUCCUUAUCUAUUUCUUGCCAAAAAUACACAAGAAUUCUUCUCAGAAAACCAUGUCGAAUGACAGAAAGAGAGAUUCUGCGGAAGGGUCGUCGCGAUCCACCGGUGAACCGCAGCAGCAGCCGCAGCCCUUGAGCCGAUACGAGUCGCAGAAACGUAGAGACUGGAACACUUUUGGGCAGUACUUGAAGAAUCAGAGACCCCCAGUUUCACUGGCGCAGUGCAGCUGCAACCAUGUACUUGAAUUCCUUAGGUAUCUGGAUCAGUUCGGAAAGACGAAGGUUCAUUUGCACGGCUGCGUCUUCUUUGGACAGCCAGACCCCCCAGCUCCAUGCACCUGCCCUCUCAGGCAAGCUUGGGGAAGCCUUGACGCCCUCAUCGGACGUCUCAGAGCUGCGUACGAAGAGCACGGCGGCUCUCCGGAGACCAACCCUUUUGGCAAUGGAGCUAUUCGUGUUUACCUGCGUGAAGUGAGGGACUGCCAGUCCAAGGCUAGGGGAAUUCCAUACAAGAAGAAAAAGAAGAAGAAGAAUCAAAUCAAGCCAAACAACGAGGCCAAAUCUUCCAAGCAGUCCUCUUAAACACCUUAUGGCUUCUUCACAUACAUGGAUCAUGCAACACUGGAAGUCUGAAUCUGUCUCAGAAUGUGGCUCUCUCUUUACAAAUAGUUAUAAGAUAAACAUCUAGUUCUAAGCUAUAUAUUGUGGCAAGAUGGUCUGCCUAUUCCACAUUUUGAUUGCAAUUAAUUACCAGCUUGUAAGUCAUCACAUUCUAAACUUUUUUAAAGAACAGGAGCGAUAUAUCUCUGAUGUAUUACUUCUUUAAUGCACAAAGGGUAGGCUUUCUCUUCCCAUACUGGGUAUUUGCAUUGAACCCGCUUAGUCGAACUUCUAGCAGGCAUGCAGUACUUGCAAUUAUUAGCCAAA